CUGGGAUCCCAGGAGAUGCUGAGGGGCUCUGGUGGCACUUCAGGUCUCUCGUCUGCACUGCUGGAAGUCCAUGUGGGGCAAACGUCCGUCUCUACAAUCCAAGGCCAGCGGGUGGUGUUGCCGAUCUGGUACACGAGUAGGUCUCAGAGGAUCCCCUAUGUCUCAUGGGUCUUUGGGAGACCAGGAGCCAAUCGCUUGCAGAUACUGACGUAUAUGGAUGGGACAGUGAAGGUGCAGGAGACAUACCUGAAGAACCGGACUGGCUUUGUGUACUCCAUGCCAGACUUCAAUAUCUCCAUUGCCAUUAACAACACCCAGGAAAUGGACUCUGGCGAAUACAUGUGCACGGUCAACAUUGUGGACGACGAUACCAUCAGUGGGAAGAACAUAGGGCUCCUCAACCUCACAGUUCUGGUUCCCCCAUCGCCCCCCAUGUGCCAGCUCCACGGGAAGCCCUACCUCGGGGGCAACGUCACCAUGAGCUGCAAGUCAGCCUUCAGCAAGCCCAGCCCCAAGUACAGCUGGCAGCGCACCGCCCCCAACACCCAGGUCUUCUUUGCACCGACCCAAGACCUUGCGCAAGGGACCCUGAUGUUAAGGAACCUCUCCAAGGACAUGUCUGGGGUGUACGUCUGUACGGCAGCUAAUAUAGCUGGCAGCUCCAAGUGCAACAUCACCCUGGAGGUGAAUUCACCACUCAGUGCCGCCGUGAUUGCCGGAGCUGUGGUUGGGUCUCUCAUUGGCGUUGGCUUGAUGAUCUUGUUUGUGCUCCAAAUGUUCAUCUAUCGCAACAAGAAGAAAGAUGCGCAGGAGGAAAUGGCCAACGAGAUCAAGGAGGACGCUGUUGCUCCAAAGACGCUUUCUUGGGCAAAAAGUUCCGGUUCUGACAUUGUCUCCAAGAACGGCACCUUGUCCUCUGUGCACACACCCCGGGAACACAAACCCCAUCCAUCCACUGCCACUGGCAGCACCGUGGGCUACAAACCUCCCUACAUCCACCCCCGGAGCCAGACCCUGACCCCCACACCCAGUGUGUCCAGCCAGAGCCUGCCCCUCUACUUCCCACCCUCCCCUGCCUCUGUGCCAAGCAACAGGAACACUCUGCACAGGACAAAUGGGGCACAGCUACAGGCCCCCCAGCAGGAGCUCACUGGCCACCAAGGGCUAACCACCUCUACCCUGACCAGAAUGGGGGCGGUGCCAGUCAUGGUGCCUGCUCAGAGCCAGGCAGGCUCCCUGGUGUAAGCACCCAGUUGCUGGGUGCCCUUUGCAUGCUGCGGAGGCUGAGGAAAUGGCUGUUAACCCUAAGUGAAGCAGACUGGAAACAUAAUAACAAAGCUGCCUCCGUGCCCGUCUGCAUCAGGACUGAGCAUGUGAGGUGGAGCCGUGUAGGAGCUUCCUAGGGGAUAAGCAUCCCCAGAGACACUCUCUGCCAGCUCUCAGCAGUAUCCUUCCAGCCCCAGCUUGGGUUCCCCCACCCCUCACAAGAACUAGGAGCCAGCCUGAGUCCCCUCUGUGGGGUGGCCACAGCAGAAUCUGUUUAUUGGAGGAAUACCGCUGCUUGUGAUGUCUGCUUGCCUGGCUCUGGAUACCACCCCCAGCCAUUUCUUGUAGGAGAGGGGGUUUCAACCUUUUUUCAGCUGUAGACCCGUAACAAAUGUCGAAGUGGGGGUGUCCCACUUUGAAAAUUCAGUCUGUGGUCCGCUGCAGUGCUCCAGCACAGAUGUCUUAGACUGCAGAUUUCCGCUGUAAAUGUUGCAUGUGCUUGGCACAGCGUUUGCCACCAUGUGAGACAGGGCCCUGGCCUUGCAUGGUUACUGCAGCACUCCCAGGCUUUGCCCUGGAGAUGGGGUAUUCACAUGCGCUUGGUUGCUCAGAAACACAGAAUGCUUUUUGUGGGGUCUGGAAUGUGGUUUUCAUAGUAGCCUUUGGCAGACCCCUUAGACAGCUGGCAGGCCCAAGGGGGUGCAGGUUGAAGAACACUGCUGCAGGAAAAGCCUGCUGAGGUCAGAGGGUCUGAACCUAUCCCCAGCAUUUCAGCACUGGGUAGAAGUGGAACCUGUCAGAAUGGGCUGCCCGUCUCUUGGGCUGACACAGGGAGGUGCUGCGGUAAACCGACCCCAGCAUCGGCCUGGUUCAGCCUGAGGGAGCUGUCAGCACAGGGCUUGAGAGAUCCACUUGUGUGGGGGGACUGGGACCGCUCAGCCAAUGGUGUCCAGGAAAUUCACUGCAUUGUGGGGUGAGGGUGUCCUGGGUGCGACCCCACACCUGGCAGAGCAGGAAGGGAGUUCACUCAUGGCUUGCAAAUGGUGUCCACGAGGGAAGCAGAAGCAGCGUGCUGGGAGCAUGCACAGGUCUGGGUGGCAUUUGCUUGGGGAUGGCGGGGGAAGGGGGAGGCAGCCAGUAUGUGUCUUACUUGGAGCAGCAGCCCAGGGGCUCAAGUGCCUCCCUCAGAGAGAGAGUGCCCCUUCUAUGUCAUCAUCCAGCAGAGGUGCAGGGCCUUGGCUGGGAGGCCUAAGUGGGCUAGAGGGAUUUGCCCCUGGGUCUUGCUGUGAAGACCUGCCCUUGGUCUGGGCCUGGGAGUAGCUUCAGCCCUGUGGCUGGCAGACAUUCUCUGCUUCCUCAUACUGACAUUCAUAGGCCCUGUUCUGCCUGGGCCUGGGGAUCUCACCCCAUCGUCUGCUCUCUGAGUUCACCAAAGCCGCCUCUUCCAGGUGUCAGGAGACAGGCCAGAGUCUCUCCUGGGUUCUUCCAUGGAGCUACAUUUUGCAAAGGGUCUCCUACACCUGAGGCCAUGCCCAGCCCUAGGGGAACAGAGCCUCCACAGCUUCCUGCCAAGGGCUGGCUGUGAGUGUGAGCUAGAGACGUUGUGUAAUGCUCUAGAGCAGGGGUGGACAAUAAUUUCUGGUGGGGGCCAAUCCAAGAUUUUGGAAAGUGGUCAAGGACUGCACUUUUCUGUGGAGGAGGUGCAGGGUCUAGGAUGGAAG